GGAGAGCAUAAGCUGAUGAUAACAAUUCUUUCAAAAAUACACAAGCAAACACUUGUGGAAGCAGAAUCUUAAUACUUUUGACUUUAAAUAAUUUUAUUUCUUUUUUAAAAUUGUCAGAAGAUAAUUCACAAACACGCAGUUAACAUAAAGUUGUCGAGACACUGAAAAUUAUAAUUAUUGUGGUCACAUCUUUAAAGAUUUUUUGAGUUCCAGACUUUAUAGCAAAAGUUGCACAAAGAUAACCAGCAUUAUGUGGAGAGCAUUCUUCGUUAUACCGAUAUUGGCUUUAACGCCAAACACCAUACUCAGUGUUGAACUACGCGAGUUGGAGACUGUCUAUGAGUGGAAAAAAGUAGAAUAUGGCUUCGCUGCGGAGGAAGAUCGCCAAGACGCAAUAGACAAUGAAAACUUAGUACCAGAAAACGCAACACCCAUCGAUGUAGCUGUCGACUACCACUUUCCGCCUUUUGCGUCGACCUCUUGAUGACAUACAGAAGGUGUCCACCUCAAAUAAAUCUCAUAGCGAGUCAGGGUCCAGCUCAAGUAAAUCUCAGAGUGAUUCAGGGUCCUCCUCAGAUGAAUCUCAGAGUGAGUCAGGAUCCUCCUCAGAUGAAUCUCAGAGUGAUUCAGGGUCCAGCUCAAAUGAAUCUCAGAGGGAUUCAGGAUCCUCCUCAGAUUGAAUAGCUGAUCUUAAUUUCAUUUUGCAAAAGCUUAGUAAUUCUUGGCAUUGCAUAAACUUUUUAUUGCACAUUACUGCACAAUGAUUAUAUAGACUAUUUGUAUCCUAUAACUUUCUUUUCUCUGCAGAAAGCACGAUAUUCAAAUUCAAGAACAUUUAUUAGCACUAUAAUUAUUUAUAAUAUA